CUGUCUUUUCGCGCCACUGAGACAAAGGAGACAAAGAUGGAGGUUACGUCGCCUAGUAUGUUGUCAGACCUUACAGAGCAUUAUUAUGAUUCUGUCUCCCAUUAUGGAUUCCUAAACUGCGCAACCUUAGACGGAAUCUCGACCAGGGGCAGAGACGUUAUAAGUAGCGAAAAGUGACAGAUGACUGUGGUGAAGACAAGAAGCUCAGGCAAGAGGAUGGGAAUACCAGCAGCACAGAUGAGUGGGUCAACCCUGAUCAAAAGAUGGCGGCCCUCAGCUGAGAACCUUCCAACUAUCAUGUCAGGCAUGGAGGAAACAUACACCAGUCGCAGAGCCUGGAUUAGCAAGGACUCCCCCACUGCCGCUGAAAUAUUCAGAGAGUAUCCACGGUUUUUGGACAUACCAAGUCUGGUGGACUUGGAGUUUGGCAAGCUUACAGGAGGAAAGACGGAUCUCUUUUUACGAAAAUGGGAAGCCAGUAUCAUUCCGAAGCCCCCCCGCGUGUUAACACACCUGCUUCCACCAGUUGGCGCCAGUCGUUGCAGCCUUAAAUCAGCUAUAACGCACCUGGUUGAUUUUGCACUGCCUGGAACAAGUAUUGCAUCGUUUUGCAGUGAUCCUGAAGCAUCAUCCACAACACACCAACCCCAGCUGAUAUGCAUCGGUGAUCUAAAGAGUGCAACCAGGCAGUACAUCAUUGUUGCUAAGAAUGACAAAGUAACCAUUCCUCUGAAUGAAGCCCAGACGUGUGUUGUGGAUAAGCUUUUCAAACUGUACUGGGUAUGUAACUUGUCCUAUCCAGCACUGCUUGUCUUCACCUUCUUUGAGUUUGUCUAUGACCUGCCGCUGUCCACCCAAAGGAAAACCAAAGUACUGGAGCUGAUUGCACAGAUUAAAGCAUGCAAGUAAAAUGUUCACCUGUCCAAAAUGUAGAGAGUCUUUGUUCACAAAGGUGAGAAACCUCAUUUGGUAUCUUUGUCAAAUACACUGCUUAUCGGGACUCUGACCAUUUUUAUGCCUAUGCAGUGGAAAGGUCAGACAAUUAGCUGAUUGGCUGAAAUUUUUGAUUUUCUGCCUUUAAAUAUAGUGACAAGCUUUGAUGCUAAUAAGCUGUAUUUAAACCCAAGGUACAUAAUUGUAUAACCUGGAUGCUAUAUUCGCCAAAAUGUAUGUUUUUCUGCUUGCAUGCAACCGCACAUUUGUUGAAUGUUGACAAUUUAUUGAAGAUGACAAUUGUUACCUUUAAAAAAUUUUAAUUCAUGUAUUGUCUGGACAUGAUUAUAGAUAGAUA